AUGGACGACCAGACAUUGUUGCAGCCUGGUACUCAUCGCGCGCUCUUCUCUACCGACUUGGGCAAGCGCGCAAAGAACAGCGUUUCCACGCCCCCGCCACCGGUCAUUGUGCGCAGCAACAAGGCUUUGAGUGUUAUGGAGACUGUGGACUUCUGGCGCAGGAAGUAUCCUCACUUCGCCUGGUCCAUCUUCCCUGAGAGCGGCUGGACAGUCGAAGACUUGUGGGAUGCCGCGGACAUCCACGUCGAAACCCGCGACCACUGUAAGGAGGUCCUCUAUCUCCUCUGCAAAGACAAUGCUGUCACUGCUGGUCUGUUUGCCCGGGACUGGUCUCUCAAGAACACUGAGCAGUUCGUCAAGUUCAUGGCCAUGCAUGAAAAGGUGGGCAUGUCUGACCCGCAAGACCCUCUCGGCCUUGUGGAUAUGCUCUUCGUCAACGGCGAAUUCAAGAAUUGGCCUCGCAAAUUCCUGUGGCACACAACGCAGGCUCUGCGCACCUCGGUAGUGCAGUAUUAUCAACCAGAGGAGAAUGCUACAGUAAUGGCUGAGAGCACUCCGACGUCGCCUACAGCAAACGGCAGGAUUCUUGAGGCUGAAAUGCAGCCCACUGCGACAGCAAAGGUCGAUGAAGCUAUUUUGCAACCUGGUCUAACGAUGGAGAAGGCGCCGCUCCGCAGCACUGCUGCCCCCUUUGUACCAUCCGUGGCUUCCGUCAACGAGACGCAACAACCGUUCAAGCGCGCGUCAUCACAUGGCCCGACCCAGUCAGGUCCUCCAUACCAUGGACAACCAAUCGGCCACAUUAUGAACGGCACGUCAACGCACCAAAUGGUCUCGCCUUCAAUGGGUGGCCAUGCCUUGUCAAACCCCAAGAGUAGACCUGGACGUCAAGACGCAUACUUCGCGUCGUCAUCAGGUACAUGUGGCGAGAACCUUCCUCGCAUGCCUUCUGGGGGCUAUGCGUUGCGGCCGCCGCAAGGAACAAUGCCUGCUCAUUCACCACACUUCAACCCUGCAGCAAUGGCGAUGGGUCCAGAAAUGAUGCCACCUCAUCCCAUGCACGCGUAUCCUCAAGGAUUUCCACCCAUGUCACCGUCCGCCUUUGCUGUUCAGCCUUACCCUCCAGGACUGGGACACCCUAUGGCGAUGCCUCCACAACACACGCAUGCACAAAACAUGUCGAUGCCACCAGGCUAUGGCCACCAGGGUCCCAACCAUCGCCGCCCGCGAGAUGCAGUGAGCUACAACAAUAAUCACCCGCGAGGAGUAAUGUUGGACGAUCCCAAGAUUGUCGGAGAUGCACUGCGUGGAUGCCACCAUGGGUGGAUUGGUCCGGACAAUCACAAUGUCAAUGAACUUUUUGUGUCUGAGCUACCCGAUGGGACUCAACCGAUACAGGUGCAAGAAAUGUUCGUACGCGAGGUGGGCGUCACUCCAAUGAGGGCCGUUAUCAAGGUGUCCUUCGGAGGCCGCUCUCACGCGUUCGCAUUAUUCGCUUCGACUGGUGACGCAAAACUGGCACUACGAGUGGCAGAAGGCAAUCCAAAGAUCAACGGUGUUCCUGUCCGAGUCUCUGUUCCCCGCCGCUUUUAUCAGUACCCGAGGGAAGAUGAGUAUCAUCACAACGCCAAGCCCCAAGUUGCAGAUGGUCAAGCCACAGAGACACGCCAUGCUCGGGGCGUUACUCGCAUGUCAUCGCAUGAAGAAGAGGGCGCUACGGUCUUGACAGAAGAGCAAAAAUCCAAGCUUCAGUACUCUCCUCAGGAUGCUAGAAGCGACCUGCAGAAGAAGGCCAGCCGUCCUUCUCCCGAAGCAAACCCCGUAUUCAGAGAAAGCCCCCAAUCACAGAAGACAAAUGUGCGACAGCCUUCUCCAGGUGCGACAAAAGCGUCUCAAACAGAGCAGUCGUUGGAAGGAGAGAGCAUCAAGGCAGAAUCCGUUGUUCAAGAUGUGCAGCAGCCUAACUUAGUGGCUGCUGUGAGCAAUAGCACAGAAGCAGAACAACCCAUUGCAUCUAUCCAGUCUAGCGACAGUGAUAGCCUGGAAACGUCACAGGUCUCGUACGCAGAGCAGACGGUAGAAGAUGAUGCGCUUGCGCCUACUGAGAAACUGCUCGCUGGAGCACCGACGCAGCUCAGGCAAGAGCUGGGCCAGACCACGGGACAUGUCCGUGUGGAGUCGCAGACGAAAGCAUUAUUCGAGCAGAUUGAGGACGACUCCGGGACAAGCGACGGCGCAACCGUGGUUGUCAAGGUUCCAAGCCCUGAAGAUGUAGAGACACUAAAUGUCGAUCUUGGUACCUCACAGGCUCCAGAGACCGGCUCAGAUGAAGAAGCAGGCAACGACUCAAGCUUCAUGUCUGCGCAAGAGGUGGUAGACAAUAACGAUGCAACCACGGUUCACAAGGUGGAGCCUACGAGCACGAACACUGGUACCGAGCCUUCCAACGCACUUGUCGCUGAAUCGCCUGUAAAGGAAGGGGCUGCUGCCUCAUCACCGACUGCGCACCCAGAACCUCAACAGCACUCGGUCCUUCCAGCAAACCAAGACAUCACUUCGCCGGUCGCUGUAACUGUCGACACCAGCGCGCACACUACUGACAUGUCUACUUCCGCGAAAGACAUCGAAACCGCGGUCAUGACCCCCGCGCCACCUUCCGCUGCUCCUCUAAAGAAGCAAGGCCCGCAACAGACCCCGUCACUCAACCCCUUUGCAAAGCCGACCAAAUCACAGCGCAAGAAGGAGAGAGAGCUGAAGAAGAGGGAGCUGAAGAAAGAGCAAGAAGGAAAGACUGUGAAGGCGAAGACUAGUACAGCGCUUUCCACGCCUUCGGUCCUCGAAUCUACCGUUGAGGUGAACGACAAAGGUAGGGCAACUGUGGAGACGUCUGCUGUGGACGCCUCUGCAUCGAUGACAAAGGAUGCAAGCAAAGGGACGACUUCUGGUAAGCAGACUGGGGCUGAUACCGCCAACAUUUCCCGCGAGAUCGGCUCGGUAACUCAAAAGGCGAAAAUGGAGUCCAUGGAUAUUUCCGGUCUUCUUUCUCAUGUACAGUCUCCUAGGUCUGGUGACGUACCCGUGCCCGAGCAAACGGCGGCACAAAAUCUGGACGUAGUCGCAGCCGGAUCGGUGGCUCCAUCGUCCUCAAAUCGUCUACAAGCCAUCCAAUCUGAUUCUACCGCAUCUUCGCAAGUAGAGCCCCCCAAAUCGACUGGCACUGCAGUCGACCAACAGCCAUCCUUCGAAAUCUGUGUCAGAGCCUGGCCGCUAUGUCUGCUGGAAGCUCUGCCCACCCCGCUUGCGAGCGAGGGCGGCCAGCCUUCACCUUCGCACACCACCCCAAGCCUUUCCAUACCCCGCUUUCAGACCCCCGCCCUCCCGGACGCAGCCCAAGAGCAGGCAGACAAGCCCAAGAAGAAGAAAAAGAAGAGCAAGAAGAAGAAGACUCCCGCGACCGCAGUGGAGGCAGCCGACCACGACUCUUCCGUUGCAGGCUACUUCAGUCGCGGGUGGCGACCACCAACACCCAUUCCCCCACCGGAAGAAUUGGAGGAUCCCUUUGGCCACCAGAUGUCACACAUCGAUGCUAUCCGAGCAGGGCUGAAGAAUCCAAACACCUACUACAGCCAGGUGAACCGCGCGAUGGCUGAGCGUGAUGCAAAGUUGGAGGCUAACCGCGCUGAGGAGCCCGAGGUCAUGAAGGUGCGUGGAUCAUGAAUAUGACCGCGACCUUCGGGUGACUGACUCCAUGAAGGGGAUUGGCCUUAAAUCGGCCACCUUCCGCGAGAUACAGGCCUUCCUCAUGGACAAACCCGAACUUCUGGAGAAGCCGGGCAAGAAGGCGUCCAAGUGAGGUUUUGAAACCAGUCUCGGCUUCAGGGCUCACGGCGGUCACGAUAAUGCAUUUGUCUACGGCGUUUGGGAGGGUCUACUUCCAUAGCUCUUGGGGUGUUGAGUGGAGGAUCAACUCUGUUUUUGCCCACUCGAUGACGUUAACAGCACUUUGCGUGCUGUCGGGUGGUCUUCUCUUUCCUCAGGCAUGGAGUGGCGUCUCAAUGAUACACGCAGCUUCACGGAAAUAAUAAUGGAGACAUGUUCUCUCCCCA